GAUCCCGCCGCGCUCCUAGCCGUGAGUCCAGCCGGCGUGGUUUCCUCGUCGCUGGAACCCCCUUCCUUCCCGGCGCUCGCACCGGAGGAGACGCCCCGCCCCCGGGCGCCCCUGCCCCGCGUGCAGAGACGGUGUCCCGCUUGGAUGCGGCGUCGGCGCGGCGGGUUCGGUUCGUCAUUGUCUGCGCUCCACCCGAACACGGCGGCGGGGCCUGCACGCCUCUCCGGGAAGUCGGCGUCCUGGGCAGAACGCACCUGGCGCGCCCCUCCUCGGGGCACCCCUCCUUCGGUCCCGGGGCGAGCCGGCGGGGGUCUUGGGAGCCAGCGCGCUGAGGGCCCGGCAGCAGCCCCUCCGGUGGGUUCCCCGGGGACGCCAAGCGGAGCGGCUUGGACCGCAGAUUUCCUGAUCUCCACUUGGGCACCUCUGCCCUUGCCCAGAGGACUUUGGCACUGUUGGCUCAUGGGAUCCUGGCAAUAACCUUUCCAGUUCCAGUGAGGUCUUCACGCACACCAGCUGGGUCAUUUUUAACUUUUCUGCAAAUCACAAGAAUCUGCAUUUCCUGGGUGACUUCGAUGUUCAAGGCAGCCCUUGCUCUCAGCCUGGUUGGCAAAUCCUCUGAAUUCAGAAUCCAGCUGUGUUUUGUUCUUGCGUCAGCCAGUCAUAUCAACAUGCCCUCUUUCCUGUUGCUGGAAGCCAUCUGCAUUGUCCUGUUUGCUGGAGUGCCCCCAUCCCUCCUUCUUCAGGAAGUCCACGUGAGCAAGGAGAUUAUUGGGAAGAUUUCAGUCGCCAGCAAAAUGAUGUGGUGCUCGGCUGCAGUGGACAUCCUGUUUCUGAUGGAUGGCUCUCACAGUGUCGGGAAAGGGAGCUUUGAAAGGUCCAAGCACUUUGCCAUCACGGUCUGUGAUGCUCUGGACAUCAACCCCAGGAAGGUCAGGGUGGGAGCCAUCCAGUUCAGUUCUGCCCCUCGUCUGGAAUUCCCCUUGGAUGCGUUUUCAACCCAACAGGAAGUGAAGGCAGAAAUCAAGAGGAUGGUUUUCAAAGGAGGGCGCACAGAGACAAGCCUUGCUCUGAAAUACCUUCUGCGCAAAGGAUUCCCGGGGGGCAGAAAUGCCUCUGUGCCCCAGGUCCUCAUCAUCGUCACCGACGGGAGGUCCCAAGGGCAUGUGGCCCUGCCCGCCAAGCAGCUCAAGCAGAGGGGCGUCACUGUUUUCACCGUGGGCAUCCGCUUCCCGAGGUGGGAGGAGCUGCACUCGCUGGCCAGCGAGCCAAGGGAGCGGCACGUGCUGAUGGCCGAGCAGGUGGAGGACGCCGCCAACGGCCUCUUCAGCACCCUCAGCGGCUCCACCAUCUGCACCACCACCUCUCCAGACUGCAAGGUCCAGCCUCACCCCUGUGAGCGCAAGACGCUGGAGACGGUCAGGGAGCUUGCUGGCCUCGCCCCAUGCUGGAGAGGAUCUCGGAGUGCUGACGCUGUGCUGGCUGCCCUCUGUCCCUUCUCCAGCUGGAAGAGAGUGUUCUUCACCCACCCCACCACCUGCUACAGGACCACCUGCCCAGGCCCCUGUGACUCACAGCCCUGCCAGAAUGGAGGCACAUGUGUUCCAGAAGGACCAGACAGGUACCGCUGCCUCUGCCCGCCAGCCUUUGGAGGGGAAGCCAACUGUGCUCUGAAUCUGAGCCUGAAGUGCAGAGUGGAUGUCCUGUUCCUACUGGCCAGCUCAGCGGACGCCAGCCCGGAGGGCUUCCAGCAGGCCAAGGCCUUUGUGAAGCGGUUUGUGCGGGCGGCGCUGACCGGAGACUCCCGGGCGCGCGUGGGGGUGGCCCGCUACGGCGCGGAGCUGACCGUGGCCGUGCCCGUGGGCGAGUACCAGGACGUGCCGGACCUGGUCCGGAGCCUCGACAGCCUUCCCUUCGACGGCGGUGCCACCCUGACGGGCCGGGCCCUGCGGCAGGCGGCGGAGCGUGGUUUCGGGAGUGCCCCCGGGACAGGCCUGGACCGGCCUAGGCGGGCGGUGGUCCUGAUGACCGAGGCGCGCUCCCAGGACCAGGUGGCCGGCCCGGCGGGCUUCGCGAGGGCCCGGGAGCUGCUCCUGCUGGGCAUGGGCAGCGAGGACGUGCGGGCGGAACUGGAGGUGAUCACUGGCGGCCCAGAGCGCGUGCUGACCUACACCGGCCCGCAGGACCUAUUCGACCAGAUUCCAAAGCUGCAGGGCAAGCUCUGCAACAGGCCGCGCCCAGGCUGCCAGGCCCAGUCGCUGGACCUGGUCUUCAUGCUGGACGCCUCGGUCUCAGUGGGGCCUGAGAACUUCGCCCAGAUGCAGAGCUUCGUGAGAAGCUGCGCCCUCCGGUUUGACGUGAACCCCGACGUGACGCAGAUCGGCCUGGUGGUGUACGGCGGCCGCGUCCAGACAGCCUUCGGGCUGGACACCCACCUCAGCCGCGCUGCAGUGCUGCGGGCCCUGAGCCAGGCCCCCUACCUGGGGGGGGUGGGCUCGGCAGGCACGGCCUUGCUGCACAUCUAUGACAAGGUGAUGACGGUCCAGGGGGGCGCCCGGCCUGGCGUCCCCAAAGCGGUGGUGGUGGUCACGGGUGGGAGUGGGGUGGAGGACGCGGCUGUCCCAGCCCAGAAGCUGAGGGACAACGGCGUCUCCGUCUUGGUGGUGGGUGUGGGGCCUGUCCUGAGGGAGGCAUUGCGGAGGCUCGCGGGUCCCCGCGAUGCCCUGAUCCACGUGGCAGCCUACGCAGACCUGAGCCACCACCAGGAUGCACUCAUCGAGUGGAUGUGCAGAGAAGCCAAGCAGCCAGUUAACCUCUGCAAACCCAGCCCAUGCAUGAACGAGGGCGCCUGUGUCCUGCACAAUGGGAGUUACCGCUGCGAGUGCCAGGGUGGCUGGGAGGGCCCCCACUGCGAGAACCGGGCCUUGAGAGGAGAUGCCCUCAAGGCACAUGGCUCCAGCCGGGAGCCUGCAGGAGGGCAGCCGCUGCGCCCGUCCCAGCUGGGCCUGCCGAGAAGGCGUGGGCCCCCUGGGCGCUGAAAGGGAGCCCACCCUCAGCAGAGCACCGGUCCUGAGGGCUCUGCCUCCAGCCCCCUCUGGAGCCCUCCUGCCCCAGGGAGAAGAGAAGGCUCAGCUGCAGACAGAGCUGCCCAGGGACAUGGUAGCAGGUGGUUACCCCCCUCACGACCACAGAGACCGCCUCACAUGUUUUGCUGACCUGAUUGUGCACUGCCGAGCUGGUGUCGUCUGCCGCGUGUCCCCCGAGGAGCAGCAGAGGAAUCUGGAGACUUCUGGUGGCCUGUUUGAAGCUCACGUUGCCCACGAUGAUGGCUCAACAGGACAUUGCUGGGACAGUUAUGCCCAAGAAGGCAGUGAUGACAGACCCCUGACUUGAUGAUGGCAUUUCAAGAUGGACAAAGGGUGGACCUUUAAACACAUCUUUCCCCGAAGAUGCCCCAGAUGGAUUCGUUCUUUAGUUUGAGGAGGGGCUUGAGUGGCAUUUGUGACUUGUUCUGGUGACGGGAUCCCUGUGUGGGACUUAGAAAGGCCUCGGUCUGGAAGGAGACUAACUGACCAGCUAUUUGCCUGAGGGGGGAGGGGCUGAGUGUGCAAACAGCUCGGGACUCCAGGGACCACCCGAGCUGAUCAGCACUCCCUUCGAGAGACUUCUUAGUGUUUACUUAGGAGGGUUCAUUGUGGGGUGUUUCUUGAGUGCUUGUCUUACUCUCCCUUUGGGGUGCAAAAAGGAGCAGAAUUCUUAAACUCAAUCAAUAUAGAACAAAGAGAUUUGAAGGGGUUGGCUUUUUUAGAUAUAGAUCUUACACUGCCUUGGUUUUAGUACCUGGUUUUAAAAGGAAUAUUUCAAGAAGGGAUGUUGGUUGUGUUUAACAGGAGCAUUUGUCCCAACAUGGCAAAAAGGCUUAGAUGGAAUAUUCUCUGGCGAACUGGAUAUUUGCUUAUCCCACAGUCCUUAACAAAUCAAUUCUCUCCCCAGGCGGUGGAGUU